ACCACUAGAUAAGAACAGAAAUUACCUGAGAUUUGGUUUCCUCCUUAAGGGCCAUAGGGAAGUAGUAGCAGUGACCAUGACUUUGGUCAUCCUUGGUGCAGUCAGUGUAUAACACGUUACACGAGGCAUUCCUCAGCAGUUCUGAUCAUGUUUGCCCCUCUCUCGUGGUCAGUGAUGAGCCCAUGGUCACCAAGCUGCGGCUAAAUGCCACUGCCCAGCCUGGGGAAAGACUAAAAUCUGAAGUACAGUUUCGAAACAAAUGCCUGUCACCUUCUCACCAUUAUAAGGUCGAAACUUGUUAAGGAAGACACUCCUAAGUGAGGGGCCAUUGUGAAACCCAGACAGGGCCCUGUGAACCCCCAGCUUGCGACUUCACUUUCUGGCAAAUGGGUAUAUCUGCCAUCAGUUCGAGAACGGGGAGCUCAAGGCAAUGGACAGCGAAACAUCAGUAAACAAGAAGCCGCUCUGUGGGGAGGCGAAAGGAGCUGCUGCCAUCAUUUAGGGUAGCCUCUUGUUUUAUAAACAGAGGAGCUGAAGAACAGAAAAGCAGGGAUUUGUCUCAGGUCACACACGGCUGCUUCCCGAGUCAGGUCCAGACCCCGAGUCUGCCCACUUUGAGCCCAUUCCUCCAUGCACUUUCCCUCAGAGCCAGGCUACACUGGAUGCCCGAGUGACAGACUUGCCCCAGCCAAGAAUAAAAGAGACCUCUCACAAGUUGAGAAGCCGCCCUUUCUGACCAGAGUCCAGAAUCCUUUGGUGCCUGUUUAACCUGCUUUCCCAUUGGCUCCUGGGACCAUCCCUUUGGGUUCCUCCCCCUGCCUCACAGCUCUCUGAGAGAAGACAUUCCUUGGGAGGCCGCAGCACAAUGACUGGCAAGCCUGUCCUCUAUUCCUAUUUCCGAAGCUCCUGUACAUGGAGAGUUCGAAUCGCUCUGGCAUUAAAAGGCAUUGACUAUGAGACGGUGCCCGUCAACCUCAUAAAGGAUGGAGGGCAACAGUUCUCAGAGGAAUUUCGGACCCUGAAUCCCAUGAAGCAAGUGCCAGCCCUGAAAAUUGAUGGAAUCACCAUUGGCCAGUCACUGGCCAUCAUAGAGUACCUGGAAGAGACUCGGCCCACCCCACGUCUCCUGCCUCAGGACCCGCAGAAGAAAGCCAUUGUGCGCAUGAUCUCCGACCUCAUCGCUAGCGGCAUCCAGCCCCUUCAGAACCUGUCCGUCCUGAAGCAAGUGGGAGAGGAGAAGCAGCUGCCUUGGGCCCAGGAGGCUAUUACUUCUGGCUUUAAUGCCCUGGAGCAGAUUCUGCGGAGCACAGCAGGAAAGUACUGUGUAGGAGAUGAGGUGUCCAUGGCUGAUUUGUGCUUAGUGCCCCAAGUGGCAAAUGCUGAAAGGUUCAAGGUGGACCUCAGCCACUACCCUACCAUCUGUCAAAUCAACAAGACGCUGCUGGCCUUAGAGGCUUUCCAAGUGUCUCACCCCAGUCGACAGCCAGAUACACCUGCUGAGCUGCGGGCAUAGUUCCCAGACCAUGCCUCCUGCACAGGGAAGGGAGUAGGGCUCAGAUACGAGUGAGCUGAAGCAGAGGGCUUGACCUUGACCUCUUCCUUGAGGAAGCAGCGGAAACCCUUGGAGUCCGUGACAUUUCUUUGAGGCUGCCAGUAUCAGUCUUCUCUAGGGAAAUUAAGUUAGUAGAAUAUAUCUCUCCUUUAACUUCAUCCUGCCUUAACCCUCUUCUCUGCCAUGUGUUAGGAGUAGGAGUGGGCGUGGCAGACAUGAGCAGCUGUAAUGGCUAAUGCUGUCAACCUGAGAAAAAGACCUAGUCACCUGAGGGAAGGGCCUUUAGGAAUGUCUGUGGGGAGUUAUAUUGGUGAUGCUGAGGUGGGAAGACUCGUCAUGGGUGGCAGAGGAUCCCGGAGCCUCAAUGACUAGAGAAGAGCUGAGCACUAGCGUGUUGCAUUCGUUGUCGUAUGUUGUCUCCGCCUGACUAUGGAAGCAGCUGUGAUCAAUAUUCCCACUAAUACCUUGACCUCCCUGCCACUGGAGGCCGGAACUAUGAGCGAAAAUAAACCUUCCUUU